AUGCACCACGGAGACAAACGCACCGUCACGCACCAUCACUCCGUAAACAACAUCUCGCUUGAAACAAGCCUUAACGUCAUGGCGCCGAAACGCCGUAAACCUCCUAUACUACGCCAAUUUGCCCGUCUCCCCCAAGAACUCCAAGACCUAAUAUGGGCCUCCCGCGACCGCGAGCUUCGCCCCCUCCACCUUUCCCCCAGGCAACCCCGGGGGUUCCACCCCUUCCACCACCUCUUCUCACACCGGAUAUCCUUGCAAUUGGGGCCAGAUAUCUGCCAAGCCGCCCGAAAACAAGCCCUUAAGAACACAAUUUUCAUCAUCGAUUGCGUAGGGUUACGCGCGCCUAAUGGCAACGACAUCGAAGCCGCUACGUCGGACCCAGACUUCGUCGCCCUGUGCAGCAACGUAAGGGAGAUCGCGUUCAUGUACAAGGAGUUCAAAUACGGGAGUUAUGCGUCGACGCUCGUUACGAGGAGAGACUUGUUCCCAAAGUUGCAGAAACUGCAUUUGUUGUUGUCUGACUUACGGCCUAUUAUUCCCUACAAGCCGCGUCCCAGCUACUGGAGAAGCUUUGGGGAAUGGUGGGCUCGAUUACGUGGACAGGAACCGGAGGCGCCACUGCCGCCGUUAAGACAAAUCCUACCCCCUGUGCUGAAAAUCGACGACACGAUAUUUCAGGAACCGUGGCAGUUAGUGCAGAUUCCCGAGCUGAAGGGUACACUGCACCAGGAUAGUCUGAAAUACGGCAUGCCGCCGUGGAAACUACUGGAUUUCUACCAUCGGAAAUGGAAACCGUGCCGAGAAGAGCUAUUUCGCAAACAGCUCGCGGCGUGGAGGCUACAUCACGAAGGCAAGUUGGAGGAUAACAAGAAAGUUUUGCUUCAAGACACGUGGGGCGAGCCUCACAAUCACCCUCUGCUGAAGAAUUAUCAUCUCCCAUCCAUAGCUUACGACGAUCUGCCUCAAUUUGAACUGGUCGUGUUGAUUGAGAAGCCGGUCCAACAAAAACCCUCUGAAUUUGAACUGGAUGUUAGUACGGCUCUCAUGAACGCUUGGAGGUUCACAUUAUGGCUUCCCGGCAUGGUGGUAUUUUCGUUUAUUAUUGUUGUGUGUUUGCUUCUUUUCCUGGCGGUGGAUUUCUUCAUCCCCUAUUUGAGGCGGCUUCGAUCGAAAACUGUCGCUGGCUUUUGGACGGCGGCGGCAUGGCUGAAGUCGAAGGGGAUUUCCGCUUGA